ACUUCCUGUUUGUCGUAUGUGUGCGAAGUGCCUGUGUUGUCAAUCUUGCUGAUUUUUUGUUUAUUAUGGUUAUUUUAAAAGGAAUUCCGUCCAUUUUAUCACCAGAGCUGCUGUUUGCCCUGGCCAAGAUGGGCCACGGAGACGAACUGGUUCUAGCAGAUACAAACUUCCCAACUUCUUCCAUCUGCUCCUGCGGUCCCAUUGAGAUUCGAGCUGAUGGUCUACGGGCACCAGAGCUUCUGGGGGCCAUUUUGAAGCUACUUCCCCUGGAUACCUAUGUCCCCAGUCCGGCUGCCGUAAUGGACUUGGUGGACAGUGACAAAAAGAAUGGACUUGCAACACCUGUAUGGGAAAUCUUCAGACAGAACCUGACACGAGCCGGAGUACAAGCUCCCCUGGAGAAGGUGGAAAGAUUUGCUUUCUAUGAACGAGCUAAGAAAGCCUUUGCUGUGGUAGCAACUGGGGAGACCGCACUCUAUGGGUGCCUGAUCCUGAAGAAGGGAAUCAUUCCAGAAUACCAACUAGAUUGACAGACACACAUUACCUAACAGACACACCUUACAGUUCGAAAAUGUAUGUAGAUUGCAUAUUAUAAUUAAUGUUGACAUUAACAUUGCAAUAAGUAGUGUAUGCAAAAUGUUAGUGGUGUAUUCAAACUUAUUAUAAUUGUAAAACAAACAUAGCAUAGUCAUUUUGCUAUUUUAUUCAGUGUGAACAGUUGUUCAGUAAAUGGAAGAAUCAG